AUGGACCAACGCUCACAAGCCACAUUAUGCACCCUCCGAAGCGCCACACAUGCCAGCACUAUUGCAACCGUGGACAACAUUGAGGCUAUUUUAGCAAAUGAUGAAAAGGUCAGGGUCGCAGGAGUUGAUGCCGACGGUAUCCUUCGAGGCAAGAUCAUGGACAAGGAGAAGUUCUUGUCCUGUAUUACCGGCGGAUUCGGCAUGAGUUCUGCCAUCUUUGCCUGGGAUAUCCACGAUGUUUUAUUCACGACAGAGACGAAGAUCGCAACAAGCGAAGAUGGAUUUGCCGAUUUUGUUGCUUUCCCCGACCUUUCAUCCUUCCGGAGACUCCCUACAGAAGACGACAUCCCUUUCUUUCUUUUGAGCUUUGCUACACCCUCAGAAGACGGAUAUGGAUUGCCACAGGGCAGACAAAACCUGUCUACGUUCUUGGAGAAAAAUACACCUUCGGCCUUGCGUCCUCUUACUGGCGGCAUGUUUGGCUACAGCACAUCACGUCCGAUAGCCUCGAAGAAGUACUUCCAUGAGAUAUUUGACUUUAGCAAGAAGGCAAACUGCGGGUUGGAAGGCUGGCAUACGGAAAGCGGCCCCGGCGUCUACGAGGCUAACAUCUUCGCUCGGUCGGGUCCCCCCGAUCAAACAGCCGCAUGGCCAGACAUCGCACAGCUAUCUGACGUUGGUAGAUAUUUCCUGGCCGGGAUUCUCGUAGCUCUGCCAGAUAUCAUGCCUCUUUUAGCACCGUCGAUCAACUCUUACAAGCGCUUGGUGGAGAACUUCUGGGCCCCCGUAGAUAUCAGCUGGGGCCUCGAAGACCGCCUUGCCAGUGUGCGCCUAAUUGCGCCUCCGGUAUGCAAACCAGCGGCGACAAGAUUUGAAGUGCGCAUCCCAGGAGCCGAUCUGCAUCCCCAUUACGCUCUGACGGCGAUCGUGGCUGCGGGCUGGCGAGGUGUUAUGAAGAAGCUGGACAUACCCAUCCCGCCCGCGAAGAUCCAACGCAAAGACACAAAGCCUGAGUUGCUUCCUGACUCGCUCCUUGAGGCAACACACAGAUUCAAGGCACCUGAUAGUUUGGCCAGAGAGAUCCUUGGGGACGAUUUUGUGGACCUUUCCUGCUACGAGAGAACAUGA